AUGCCCAAGGAAUCUGAUGAGUCCUCCUCCAAUGAGAAACAGAGCAAGAUUGACAAGGACGGGAUAGAAAACACCAUGGAAACAUCAGAAGAGAUGUCCAGAAGAAAUACUCCAAGUCCUCACAGACUCACCCCCCAGUCCAGUCCACCCAGGUUUGUGUCAGUGGAAGAGCUAAUGGAGACAGCCAAAGGAGUCACUAAUAUGGCACUGGCUCAUGAGAUCGUAAUGAACAGUGCUUUUCAAGUCAAGCCUUAUGAGCCAGAAGAGGGAAGUUUGGAGAAAUGGGUCAAAGAAAUAAUGCACAAAGCAUUCUGGGAUUGCCUUGAGUCACAGUUGAAUGAGGACCCACCAUCGUACAGCCAUGCAAUCAUACUGGUUGGUGAAAUUAAAGAGACCCUGCUGUCUUUUCUGUUGCCUGGACAGAGCCGACUGAGAGGGCAAAUUAAAGAGGCUCUGGACCUCUCAUUGAUCCAGCAGGAGGCUGAGAACGGAGCUCUAGACAUCAGUAAGGUAGCCCAGCUCAUAAUUGACAUGUUGGGCACCUUUUGCGCAACCUGUAGAGAUGAAGACAUCAAACAUCUGCGUGAAAUCACUGACAUUGUGCCCCUUUUUAAGUCUAUAUUUGCAGUGCUGGACAAAAUGAAGAUCGACAUGGCCAACUUUGCUGUGAGCAGCCUUCGACCUCAUCUCUUACAGCAGUCCGUGGAAUAUGAGCAGAAGAAAUUCCAGGAGUUCCUAGAGAAACAACCCAAUGCUUUGGAUUUCACAAAGAAAUGGCUCCAGGACACAGUGGAUUAUGUGACCGGUGGAGGAACGGAGGGUGGAGCAACAUGCUCACCAAACUCUACUCAACUUCUUCUAACUAUACACAAUCAUGCAUAUUUACGCCUGUAAAAAUGGGACCAUGUUAGGGAGUCUUUUCCAGAGACUCUUCUCAUGGAUCAGGGCAGAUUUCUGGAGAUUCAACAGCAGCUGGAGCAGCUGGCACUGGUGGCUUCAGUCCUGCUCAUAGUCUAAGACAGUGCCGGCGAAGCCAUUUCUGGAUUCCCAGGCCUCAUGGAAAGACUGAAGAAAACCAUUAAGAUUCUGUUAGCAGAGAUGCAUCUUCAUACGUCUGUAGAUUACAUUACAUUGUGUUUCUAAAGCCUUUACACUUCUGAGAACACACUGAAAGGCCAAAUUGUAGCUGUGAAGUCUGCGGACGACCCCAUACACAAGGUCAUUGACUCCCGAAUUCAGACGUACCUUCUUGGCUUCCUGGAGUCAAGCGUCUACCGGUGCGCCCCGACUCUCCCUGGAGGUCUGACACCCAUCAGCAAAGACUUAGAGGAGAUUGCUGUUAAGCUGGAACGUUUGGUGACCUUCAACAAGCUAGUUUACUCUCCGUUCUACCACAAGAUCCUCCAAGAUAUUCUGAAAUAAAAGGGGAAAGUUUAGACGUGCAAAUAAAACCUGAAAUACUUACCACUAGUGUCCCUGGCUUUCACAUUCUGUAGCUAUGUACAAAUGAAAGUGUCUGUAAGGUAGCUGAAGCUCACAUGCUAGCACUAACAGGUAUUUAAGGGUUAAGAAUCCUCACCUUUUCUCAUUGCGUUCUAUAUCAGGAAAUAUUUAUAAAUGUAUCGAGACAUUUGAAUUGCCUAAAGCUUGGAUUACUUUAGGCAAUAGCUUAUAACUGUUAGAAUAGCUUACUGAGGAGAACCUCGCGAAUACAGAGGUUCCGAAUACCGAAUAUUAACAAAAAUGAUAAUGAAAAAAUAAUUAUUGCAUUUUAUAUAAGAUUCGCUUCCAACAACAUUGUAAGUAUUUUCAAACAUUUGCUGUUGAAGCCUGAUCACUUUUGUAAAGGUGUUAUUGUGUGAGGAAAAGGAUGUACGGUACAGUAUUUGACUGGUGCCUUAGUUUGUGAAGAGCCACCCAUAUUUAAGUGCAUAUUUAAGGUAUUUGUCUCUUUACUGCUCAUUUUAACCUACAGAUUACUACUCCCAUGUUGUUCCCAUGUUCACGGGACACUUGAAGCACCAAGCAUGGUCUUUUUUAGAGUAUUCUUGAUUUUUUUUAAAACAAUGUUUCUAUAAACACUGAGCAUGUUUUACAGAAGAAAACUUCACCGCACAAGCAACUGUAUUCUUUAAUAACCCCAGCUGCACAUUUCUCUCUUCUGCUCUCAUGAACCUCUAAGGUGUCUUAUUAAUGCAGUUUUACGAAUGGUUAUUUUGAAUGAAAUGCUGGCUCCCAAUAAAAAUAUUUAA